GUCCAUCCUGCAGUUGGUGGGCAUUUGGGUUGUGUCCACCCUUUGGCUGUUGUGGGUAUUGCUGCUGAAAACGUGUGUGUGCGGAUUCUCACUCUGGAUGUGUUCUGGGACCAAAGGAUGGAUUGGAUGGGAUGGGGUGGGGUGGGGACAAGAGAGGGGCUAAGGGCUGCACGGGCACCUGAGCACCCUGAAGGGUGGAACUCGGGGUGCAGGAGGGAAAUUCAGAAGAUUCAUUUGGUUCAGGAGGCAGAGGAGGGGUGGGAAGGCAGGGGCUCAAGGCCACGGCCCCACCCAGUGCGUGCCCGCCUCCUUCCUCCAGCCUCUGCCCUUGGGUCCUGGCCCCUCAGCUGGGGGAGUGGCCUGGAUGGGGGCCAGCUGGCUGAGCCGUUGCCAGGACGCCAGAGCCACCUUUGUAGCUGUCAACAAUGGCUCCACGGGCCUUGGAGGCAGGAGCCCCCUGGCACCCAGAGGCAGACAUGCAGACUCUGAGGCGGGAGGCUGCCCGGCCCUACGUCCCCCAGGGGACCCUGGAAGUGGACUUCCCAGCACCUCUGUACAGCGAUGACUACCUGUCCCAGGAGGGGCCCCGCUGGACACCGGCCAUCCAGCAGGCGGCGCGCUGGAAGUACACGCCCAUGGGACGCGAUGCGGCUGGCCGCCUGUGGUACACCAGCCUAACCAACUCGGACUCCCGAGAAGCCUGGUACACGCUCCCGCGGGCUCUGGACAGCCCGUACCGUGAGGCUUAUGCCCGCUGGCAUGGAUGCUAUGGCCACCGGGAGCGGAGCAUGCCCUCGGCCUACACCCAGCGUCUCCGGGAGACCGCCUGGUAUGACCCCAUCAUCCCCGCCCAGUACCGGGACCCCAGCACACGGUGGGGGAGCAUGCUGUGGAAAGACAGACCCAUCUGGGGCAAGGAGUACGUGAUCAACAGGCACCGAUUUGGGGUGGAGCCACCGUGGCGGGCGUCUGACUAUGUGCCGCACCUGUCAGCGCCCCAGCGCCCGUGCUUCACCACCCAGAACUACCGGCAGUGGGACCUGGAACCCUACUGCCCCUCCACCAACCGGCCUCCGCCCGUCUACGCGCCCACUCGCUGAUAAAGAUCUUGCUGCCCAAAGCGGCUCU